AGCUGACCCCUUCCUGAUUAGUCAGGUAACCUAUUUUAAUUUCUCUUUUGUCUGUGGCAGGCCGGCAGGUCCCCGUUCAGCCCUCCAGCCUCAACAGAUCGACCUUCGUCAACCAUCUUAAUCACUUUCAGGGUUCCUCUCGAACCUCGAUACCGAUGCUGGGUCAUCUUUUUCUCCUUGCAGAGUUGCUUGCUCGGACAACCGCCUUUGCAAUGUUCGAGGGCCAGGACUCUCACAAGACCACCACCAACAUCUUCACAGUCGUGGACUCCGAAUCCCAGUUCCCCUUUAGUUCUACAGUUUUGUUGUCACUCAGCGACGAUGUCCGUAGCUUCUCGUAUAUUGCCUGCGGCCGAGGACCCAGUAUAGAUCGCUAUUUUGCGUCUACCACCGAUCCCCCGCCCAAACCGACAACACCUGCGCUCCCUUCAAGCCCCGUCGCUUCACCGUCUCCGCCGACUGUUUCUCCCACACCGCGGACAAGAUCGACAAGUGCUCGCUCGACACCAUCCAAGACCUCAUCACUGGCCACGCCCUCGUCAACCACCGCAUAUCCCACGUCUGCCACAACAUCUGCCGCUGACAGUGACCCACUCUCGACCUCCGUGUCCGGGUCCAACAAUGUCGGUAACACAAACGACACUAGCAACGCCACCGGUGCCAGCAUCGCCAAUAUCAACAAUAAUAACAGCACUAGCGGCAAAGACAGCAGCGGCGGCGGCGGCAGCACGAACAAUAACUUGGGCCUAAUCGUCGGCGCUGCCGUCCGUAGCGUUGCGCUAAUAUGUGUCUCUCUCGUUGUGGUCCUCUGGCUGCUGCGUAGGAGACGCGUCCGGGAACUGCGCGCUGGCGUCGGCACUAACGGCAAAGACUCGGCGGAAGCAGACCGAGACUCUGCCACUCCGCAGCCACAAACGCCACAAACACAACCGCCGUUGCACGAGAAGCACCACUGGUCUGGUGGAUGGGGCCCCGGCGAGCUGCCUGGCCACGUGGACUACGUCAACGGGAGACCCCAGGGGCUGCCUGGGAACACCCGCACGCCCCCGGAGCUCCCUAACAAAGCCCGUAUGCUCCCAGAACUGGCUAGCAAUCCGGAAAUGCCCCCGGACCUUCACAACAAGCCCCACAUGCCCCCGGAGCUUCCCAACAAGCCCCACAGGCCCCAAAGCUGCCUGAUAACACACGAAUUCCACCCGAGCUUCCCAAUAACACGCACUUGGUGCAUGCGGUGGAACUCCCAGCCACGCCGUUCCGGGAGAGGCGACGGACGCGCACUGGCUCUUAAUUAA